CCUCGGUCUCCGUCAAUCCCCAAUCCAUCUCUCUUCGGCAUCGUUCUCCGUCCCCUAUGGAAGUCCCCCGCAAGACUAAGUUGCACUUCCGCCUUCUCAUCUCAUCCACGCCGUCACUCGUCAAACAAACGCGGAAAGACCUAGAUUAUUGCUAACCAUGUCUCUAAAUUGCCCCAAUUGCGGCGCCCACCUCACCGUUGCCCUCGCCGGUCACUCGACGGCCACAUCCGCCGCCGUCACCACGCCGCGACCCAAGAAGCCCGUGCUGGGUUCUUACAAUGUUAACCCCACCGAUGCUGACCUCCGACGGCUCAAGCAACUCAUGUGUUUCCCGUUCAACCCGUUGUCAGGAUGGAAGCCAACUCAACCGACCAUGCGCCCAGUCGUGUCCGACAAGGAAGACGAAGUCGGGAUCCUGAAGGACUGCCGCGCGCGCCAGACCCUGGACCGGGUAGCGAGAAAGAUGCAUGCCACCAUCCGUGCCGUCGGAGAGCAGUCGGCCGACGCUCUCCUCGAGUCGCGGCGGCGCAACCUGACUCCAGAUGAUCUGCACCCUCCGAUGCACACCAUUUUUGAAGCCGUCGGCGCCAUGAUAUACGCAAUGGAAUGGACGAGUGGCCAGCCUCGGGCCGAUGAUCUUGUGCCAAUGCCGGCCGGCGCCGGCACUGCGCCCCCUCAAGCCGCGAUGGGGCCGUUCGAGCCCGGGUACGUGUUGAAACCUCCGUCCGCGUACUCGUCUGGGUUCGGGUUGGAGCUUCGGCGCCUGUUUGAGCUCAUGCUCGUUAUCGACUAUGGGUUUUCGGCCCACCCAAUCUGCGGGCCAAUCUGCGGGCCAAUCUGCGGACCAAUGCUUCUCCCAAACACUUGGUUUCUUCGCGCAUGGUCUGAUCUCGAAACUUUCUCUGACUUUCUUGUGGGAUUCGCGCGGCUGUGGAGAUGGCGACAGGGUCUCCCAAACGACAAAUCAUGGGGCCUCAUUGCCCAAACCACGAAAUAUUGGGCAGAUACUAUUGGGCUAAGAGUGCCAGUAUGGGACGUUGCUACCAUGAUCUACUAUUACCGCCUUCAUCGAAAGCCGGUUGACGCCGAGGACCACAAGAAAGGGUGGAUAGGAUACACGGGGGUUCUACAGGAGAUGAUCGCUGAGGUCCCUACCAGGGGAACAGAUCGACUGGAACGCAAGCUAUCGCUUGAUGCCCACCUCCUCAUUCCAAGAUUCGUUCGAGACCGAAAGCUUCGGACACAGAUGCUCUUCACCGCGCAAGAUCUUGCGGCCAAGCACGGCUGCCAACUCGCGCCUAUCAAGAUGCCCAAGCCACCAAUAUGGCGGAGAGUAUUCGGCCGGGUCCCGUCCCAACAAGGGCGUGAGGACAAAAAGGAAGGUCACGAGGACCUGAAACUUAUUGAAGGUCUGGGAUGGGAGAGUAGAGGAGAGGGAGGUCUUGAUCCCAGCGGUGCUAGUAAAAGUUCGCAUAAGACUGUGAUGAGCUAAAUACAAAAUGGUGGCAGCUGCGGCGGUGGACGACAAACCAUACUCUCCCCAAUACUUUCUCCUACCAUCGGCAGAUAGUCCCCC